AUGUUCAUAGGAGGAGAUAUGGUAGAAUGGGCCUCUCAGAUGAAAAUUAAGAUGUUGCACUCGACACCAUAUUAUGCACAAGACAACGGGCAGGCUGAGGCAACUAAUAGAGCCAUCAAGCUUAUCGUCCAGAAGAUGAUUGAAGAAAAUCUAUGGCCGUGGCACGUUUUAUUGUCAGAAGCUGUUUGGGCGAAUAGAACCAGUCAAAAAUCAGCAACGGGAACCUCGCCCUAUAGGAUGGUGUAUGGGCACGAUGAGGAUGCUGCCAAUGGAAUCAACAGUCAUGUCAACUCACCGCCUAAAAGGAGGGUGGAACGAGCAUAUAACAAGCGAGUAAAAUUAAAGUCUUUUGUAGUGGGCGAUAUGGUGUGGAAGGCAAUCUUGCCCAUAGGCCACAAGGACAGGCGAUUCGGUAAAUGGAGUCCAAAUUGGGAAGGUCCCUUCAUCGUGACUACAAAACUGGACAAUGGUGCAUAUGUUCUGGCCGAUAUUGAUGGAGACGAACACAAUAAGGCAAUUAACGGUCAAUUCUGA